AUGAGUACGCUCAGGAGAGGCGAAGAUGGAGAGGAGGGUCGGUUCUACCUCUGCACACGCAACGGCGAAUUCAAAAAGACCCGCUGGACUGAGGGAGGUGUGGAGCGAACGCGGGGCGAGUUGGACGCAGCGCUCCGGCGAUACAAGCAGCUGGCCAAGGCCCUGCGCGAAUGUGAGGCACGACGCGAGGAGACGCGCAACGCGCUGGUGGCGCGCGACGCCGCGCUCAAGGCGUCCGAGGCCCGGCUCGAGGACAUGCUCCAGCGCACCGUCGACGCGCUGGUCCUCAUCCACGAGCGCGACGAGAAGCGGAAACCGAGGCAGCAGCCACAGCCUGUCAAGGAGAGCGAAGCGACGAACAUGAACACGACGACGCCGGUGGAGGAGAAGGUGGAGCUGAUCAUGAAGACGAUCGUGGGGCCGCUGUUGGACGGCGUGGGCACCACCAAGACGAACACGAACGUGCGAAAGACCGCAGCGGUAAAGCCCGUCAAGGUCAAGCGAUCGCGCCCCUCCAAGGCCAAGCAGCAGCAGCAACAACAACAGGUGGCGGAGCCCGUUGCAUCGUGA